GAUAAAACCAGAAAGUGAAUCAGUGGAAAUAAAACCAGAAAUAAUAUCAGAUAUUAAAUCAAUGGAAAUCAAACCUGAAAUGAAAGUAGAGAUAAAACCAGAAAGUGAAUCAGUGGAGGUCAAACCAGAGAGUAAAGAGAUAAACAUAAAACCAGAGCUUACCUCAAGGGAGGCAAAAGCAGAACCUGAGUUAACAGCAAUAACACUAAAGAUUAAGCAAGAGGAGACAACACCAAAAGAUAAAGAAGAGGAGGUUAAGCAAGAAGGUAAAACAGAAGAGUUUGAGGCAGAAGAUAAACUGGAAACUGUGAGAGCAGAAAAUAAGUUACCGGAAAUGAAGCCAAAGGAAAUAAGGCUUGAAGACAAAGCGGACGAGAUAAAACUUGAAAAACAAUCAGUCGAAAGUAUCCUUAAGGAAAUAAAACUAGAGAAUGAAGACGAGGAUAUGAAGGUGAAAAACGAGCUAGAGGAGACAAAGCCAGAAGCAAGAGUAGAAAUGAGACUGGAGGAACAGUCGGCUACAUUUCCAGACAUGGGGCAGGAGAGACAGGAAGCAAUAGUUGGGGCAGGUGGGGAGGAAGCGCCAUAUAAAGAAAUGGCACAGGAAGGUGUUCGAAAAAGCGAGAUAAGUAAAGAUGUACAGGAAAAUAUAGUGCAAGGUGAAAUAUCUGGAAAGACGAAAUAUGGUAAGAGAGAGGAAGAGGAACCAAUAGAACUAAAGCUAGCAGAAGGGGUAUUCGAGUGGACGAAAGUGGACUUUACGCAGGAGGAAAUAAAGCCAGAACAGGUUACAGAACAUACAGCAUCCCUACCUCUCUCGCCGCACUUGGCAGCGGAUGAAGUAGCAGAGGGCGAUAUUCCAGUUCAGGCUGAGAAUCCGCCACCCAGCUCAUUAUAUUCUCCUAGUUAUGCGUUCUCUUAUGGGAUUCCUUUGGAGGUUCUCUUGGCGGGGAAAAAUCUUACAGCCGCUGAAAUCAUAGCAAGGAUUCCUUUUCCAAGUGACGUCAGCUUUAUGAAAGGCCCCGAAGAGAUAGAUAAAUUCAGUGCUCAGCACAAUGUCACGCCACAGAGGUCACCAAUAGAAACUACCUUUCCAGAUUUCCCAUCACUUGUACCAGCCAGUGAAACCUCACUGACAGUGAAGAUGUCCCCUGAUUCCUCACCAUCAUUAUCUCCAUCACCAUCUCCAAGAACUUCCCCCAUUAGUGUAUCACCACACAGAUCUCUUACCAACACUCCUAGUAUAUCUCCAAACAUCACGCAAGAAACUAAAGCUAGCAUAAAUUGGUCACAGACAGAGCUGCCUUCUACACCCCCAGAAUCUAGAAUGAGUUCGCCACUCAUCCCGCCCAAAUCCCCUAAAAUUACAGUUGAGGAUGAAAAGAAAAAUGUUUUUGAAAUCCAUUCUGGGGUUCCGGGACUUUCAACCUUUGUAUUUCAUCCCGUAGAGGAAACAGGAGAAAAAUCACUUUCUAAUAUGUGUCCAGACGUUGAAUUUGAAUUUAACUCAGAUUCAGAUGCAAAAGAAUUGCCUGGAGAAAAAGUACAAAAGUCUAGGAAUCCAAACAUGACAAACCAAAAUAUAAGCGACUCUCCCAUUCUCCAUGAUACUCCUUUUGUAGAGACUCCGGGGUUUAGCCAAAGAAGCAUUGACAGCAGUGCAAGAUCAGAUAUGGAAAGACCUACAUGUGAGACAACAAAGCAUUUUAAUAUCGGUAUUAAUAUACAAGAAGGUACUGAAACGAAGGACGUGACACUUUCAGAUAUAACUGUUAAACACGGUAUUAAAGACACCAUAGGGAAUGAAGAUAUGCAUGAGGAAAAUGACAUUGAUGUGUCUUCAAAAGUUCUUACAUUCAGAGAAAAUAUAUCAAGGUCAAGACUCUCCACCAUGUUGGCAGAUGAUGCUAAGAAGGAACCAGGUGCACUGACUACUGAUAGCUUUAAGACAGAUACUUCCCAUGAUGCAUGCUUCCUGCAAUCAUCAUCAAGCUUAGAGACUGAAAGUCAGUAUCCCUCUGUUCCUGAACUUUCAGAUAUCACCCAGCCUAAAAUAGCAAGUGCAAACAAUGAAUCACUUGAUAUUCAACUAGGAGACACUGAAAUUUGUUUGAGGACUGAACCUGACCAAUCAAAUGAUGCAAUUUCAGGGGAAGACGUAUUAAAAUCAACAAGUCCAGUUUGUAUUAGUGAAAACCCUUUGGUUACCCAUUUGGUAUCUAAAACAGAAAUACGAGUCUCAGAGACUCAUACCGAAGAGUUCAAGACAACCAAACAUACAAGUAACAGUAAGUCACUGUUAUUACAUUCACAAAUCAAAAGUUCUUUGUUAUCUGUUGGAUCUACGGAUGAUGUUUCUAAAUCUGCUGAUAAUCAGGAAUCAGAACAAAAAUCUAGUUUCUCUGAGUUUAAAGAUUCAUAUCAUUCAUCUCAAGCAAACAGCUCCAGAGAACCUGAUAUAGGUCCUCUUGAUAACGGUAUUUCUUCAGUGAUAAUACCACUUGAGAGUAAAAUAACCAGAGAGGACCGAGAAUUUGUGCACACACAGAGUCAAGCAGAGAGGAAUAUGUACAAAACAGAUGUCACAGCCAGACUUUCGGCAGCAGAGACAGGUGUCCCUUCUAAGAUAUCAUUGGAAGAGAGGAUUUCAGCUUUGCUUCCACCAGAAACACUUGCUACAUGGACUGCUAAGUAUGAAUGUGAUAAAGUGGUAUCACUUAGUGAAGAACCAGGUGGGAUAUCAAACCAAGAGAAUUUGUCUCACACUGAUAAUUUUUUUGAAACAAAUUUGCCUUUAAUAGAUGAAUCUCAAGAUGAAGCAAAAGGAGAAACAUCCCAUUCAGAAUUAUGUAAGAAAGAAAGUGAGCCAGUGCCCGCAGAAAAUAGCCAAACAUCCAAACAGUCAACGGUAGGAACAGCUGACAAAGCAAAUCAAGCUUUGAAAAAAAUCUUUGACGACUCAAAACUGUUGCUUAUAGAGAAUAAUGGAAACAUAACACAAGAAAGGGUCAGAGAAGAAAUACACUGUUUACCUACAGAGCCCAUUUCAAAAGACAAAAAUCUACCUCCUGGAACAGAAUAUCAUAUAGAUUCAGAUAAGCUGCCGUCUUAUGAAGAAGGAAUACAAAGGACAGCUGGAAAGGGAUAUGAGGAAAGUGCCUUGUUACUUAUGAAAGAUGAAAUGGAUGCACAGCUUGGAAAAAUCCAAUAUAGUACACCUAAAGUCUGUUCACUGUUUGAAGAAAAGUCAAAUGAUAUAGUGGAAUUUGCAAUCGAUAAGCUAUCCCAAGAAACAGAAUUAGGGGCCUCCAAAAAGUCUCAAAAGACACCUUGUGAUGUGAAGCCAUACUCAUUAGAGAUAACAAAGCCAAGAGAGUCUACAGAUGAGCUGGCAUCCUCCCAGAUGGUUACAGAUGAUGAGAGCAUUAGUUGUUCAGGAGACGUGCAAGAAGCAAGUCAACCUCCUUUCAGGCGACAGCGAGGAGAAUCGUCAUUGACUACAUCGCUGGAGGGAAGGAUUUCGGCAUUUCCAUGUAGAAUUGAUUCUGAGGAAAAUGUUUUAUCUUUCGAGGAGACUGGUGAAGACGAUGCUGUAUUUGAAAGCAGUGGGCCAGAGAUGGAAACAGAUUUCUUUAGUGAAAAGGAUUUAAGUUCAGAAGCUAUUCGCCAGAGGCUUUGGAGGGGUGUCAAAUCCCUGAGUUUAGAUGCUGAUAUCACACUUGAUCCUGAUAUUUUCUGCUUUUUAAUACAGCAGAGUACAAAAUCUAGUCAUAGCAAAGAAGGCAAAAGGAAAGGUUUGCAGAAACGAAGAAACAGUGAGGUAGAAUUGCAGGAGUUAGUAAAAGAAAAUACAGAAAUAAUUGAGAGAAUUAUGAAGCAAAAGUCAGUUGAAGACGCAGGAGCACUAAUAUAUAGCAUCAAAGAGACAGAUACACCAGCCAAUACACCUAUAGAGGAGCAUGAACAUGAAGUACAUUCUGUGAAAAGCAACUCCAACAGAGAGCUCGAGAGCUACACAAAAUCCUCUAGUAGCAGUACUGAGCCACAUGAACUAUCCUUGGCAAAGUCAAGUAGCAGUGAUCUAAGCGAAGCACUAAGUCUAGCAAAAGAAAUCAAGUCCCCACCUCCCAAGGAAAUGCCUUCCAGUCAGGUGUCUUCACUUGACCGGAAAAUGAGCAGUCAAGGUUCUGAUACGGAACCGACAGCAAAGGGUACUAGUACUAUGAAGUCAUCUUCCAAAACUACCAAAAUCUCACGAUCUUCCAGUGUUUCACUUGAAGGUCCAAUGAGACCUAUCACAUUUAAUCCAUUCCCUACAAGGAACGUUCCCCGGCAGCCAAAGGAAGUUGCAAUAAAGUUAGGUCUCUAUAGCCCUACUAAAACAUCCAGUAGUUCUCCAACGUAGGGGCCAACUUCAAGACUAAAAUUAUAGGUGGCCUUGUAUAUGCAUCAUAAAACUUGAAUGUUAGAGAUCUUUUUGAAUAUAUAAUGAAGCAUUUAUAUUGUAUAGUUUAGAUAACUGUUCACACAAGUAGAUUUUCGCACUAGUACUGUGUCAUUAGUUCACGGUUACUGAAAAUGUUCAUAUUAACUAUAGUAUCAUCAUUCAUGUUAUUUCAUUAAUGUAUAUAAUUUUUGUUUGCAGAACUCAAGGUAUGAGAAAAGGCUUCUGGUCGAGUGUGCAUGACAUUGACAUAUAUCGUGUUCAUUAUUUUUUGUUUGUUGUUAAAAUGUUAAGCCUGAUUACUUAUCUAAUGCUAUAAUUUAGAAAAAAUGUAAAGCCCACAGCCAGUGUCUUUAUAUCUAAUAUGCAUUGAAGAGAUUGUGAAUAAUUAUGUAAUUAUAAGUAUAAGGGGAACAGGUGUUUACAUUGUUGUAGAAUCAAAAAGUUACCUCAGAUUUCAUAUUGAUCAAACUUAGUCUUCAGGCUGUGCUUCUCUUGAUUAUCUUAAUUGGCGUUACUAUUUGUUUUAACUCGAUCCCUUUGAAAGUUAUUUUAAAAACUGCAAACUAAUUAUCACAAUAUGAGGGCUCUUAGGUGGGAAGGGUUUGGAUUUCAGCACUGGAAUCUGCAUAUCUAAUUAUAAAAAAUAUAUUGGAAAUAUAUA